AUGACUUCCUCAGGACUUGUGACAGGUAACCGCUCUCCCCGUCGUUCCAUGUCUGCCGUUCACGUGACGAUGGAGCCAAAGAACAGGACAGUCAUCAAGUGCUGGAUCCGUCGUCUGUUGCCCGGCCUUGCAUACGAACGCUGGAGCAUUCUGCUGGAAAGGGGAUGUACUGAUCCUCAAGUGGCUCUAGUUGGCAUUCACAAGUUCCUUUUGGCUAAAACCAACUUGCCCCAAACUCUUGCUAACGAACAAUUGUUUAUUCCGCCGCUGGAUCUCAUUGCUUCGCACGACACGUUUUUCUGGGGUUCCGUGUUCUUUUUGUUCGCUAUGGCUGUACUACUCACCAGUGCCAUCUUUACGGCGGACCCCGCGGCUCAUGUAUUCAACGACAGAGUCUACGUCUACCCUUCUCACGAUCGCGAAAACAAUUUUUCACUGUCCGAUGACGGCAGCGAUAAAUACGACAUGGCUGAUUACCAUAUCUUCAGCACCUCGUCACUCAACCCCUAUGACCCCGCCACCGAUCACGGUGUUGCCCUGAGCGUCCCGGACAUCCCGUGGGUCUCCAGGCAGCUUUGGGCCCCUGAUGUCGCAUUCCAGAACGACAAGUACUACCUUUAUUUCCCUGCCCGCAAUAAAGAGAGUGAUCUCUUUCAGAUCGGGGUUGCCGUUUCCGAAAAGCCAGAAGGUCCCUUUACGCCGGACCCAGAGCCUAUCCCCGGCAGCUUUAGUAUCGACCCCGCGGUCUUUUUCGACGAUGACGGCCAGGGGUACAUGUUCUUUGGGGGUCUAUGGGGCGGUGAACUGCAGUGCUACCAGAAGGACAACAAAUACGACGCUUCAUGGGCAGGCAAUCAGUCUCCAAACGGCACCGGUGUCUACGCUCUUGGCCCGCGUGUCGCCAAGAUCAAUAGUAGCGACAUGCACCACUUCGAUGGCGAGCCUCAAGAGCUUCAGAUCCUUGAUCCAGAGACCAAAAAGCCUCUCUUGGCUGACGAUGAGGACCGUCGCUUCUUUGAGGCUCCCUGGAUGCAUAAGAAGGGCGACACCUACUACUUCUCCUACUCAACUGGAACUACCCACUACCUCGUCUAUGCCACUAGCAAAAGCCCGCUUGGCCCUUUUACGUAUGCCGGACGCAUCCUGGAGCCGGUUGUCGGAUGGACGACACAUCAUUCCAUUAUCGAGUACAAGGGCCAGUGGUGGCUCUUCUUCCACGAUGCCUCGUUGAGUAACGGGACCGAUUACCUGAGAAGUGUCAAAUUCGAGCCGAUAUUCUAUGACAAGGAUGGCAAGCUCACGAUCGUCAAACCAGAAACAAAAUAG